AUGACUUCUCGGGACCAGCUGGUGCAGCAGGUACUGAGGGAGCUGCAGGAGGCAGUGGAGUCCGAGGGCCUGGAGGGUCUGGUUAGUGCCGCCCUGGAGGCCAAGCAGGUGCUGUCAUCCUUCACUCUCCCCACCUGCCGGAAGGAGGGCACUGGUCUCCAGGUGUUGGAGGUGGACUCGGUGGCCCUGAGCCUGUACCCAGAGGAUGCUCCACAGAAUAUGCUGCCACUGGUGUGCAAGGGCGAGGGCAGCCUGCUGUUCGAGGCGGCCAGCAUGCUGCUGUGGGGCGACGCUGGCCUCAGCUUGGAGCUGCGGGCUCGCACGGUGGUGGAGAUGCUGCUGCACCGACACUAUUACCUCCAGGGCAUGAUCGACUCCAAGGUGAUGCUGCAGGCCGUGCGCUACUCCCUGUGCUCCGAGGAGUCCCCCGAGAUGACCAGCCUGCCAUCUGCCACGCUGGAAGCCAUCUUUGAUGCGGACGUCAAGGCCACCUGCUUCCCGAAUAGCUUUUGCAAUGUGUGGCACCUGUACGCCCUCGCCUCCGUCCUUCAGCGCAACAUAUACUCCAUCUACCCCAUGCGCAACCUCAAGAUCCGGCCCUACUUUAACCGCGUCAUCCGACCCCGUCGCUGCGACAACAUGCCCUCCACACUGCACAUCAUGUGGGCUGGCCAGCCCCUCACCAGGCACCUCUUCCGCCACCAGUACUUUGCCCCUGUGGUAGGACUGGAGGAGGUGGAGGCUGAUGGUUCUCCGGGGCUAGCCUCCACUCCUCCAGCCCAGGCCACACUGCCACCACCCGCCACACCCGCCAAGACCCUUGAGCUGCUUAACCGGGACCCCGGCCUCAGUUACUCCCACCUGGGCGAUCGCUUUAGCAUUACUAAGAGCACCUUCUACCGCUGGCGGCGGCAGUCCCAGGAGCAUCGGCGGAAGGUGGCCACCCGCUUCUCCGCCAAGCACUUCCUGCAGGACAGCUUCCACCGUGGGGGCCUCGUGCCACUGCAGCAGUUCCUCCAGCGGUUCCCUGAGAUCUCCCGCUCCACCUAUUAUGCCUGGAAGCACGAGCUGCUGGGCUCUGCCUCUUGUUCAACCCUAGCCCCAGCCCCAAAGGAGGUGCUGGCCGUGGAGAAGCUGCCAGGGCAGAGGGCUGCCGAGGGCCCGGGGCACUCCCCACUGAUGGUGGCAAGCCCUGGAAUGGUCUUAAUGCAGCGGGCCAAGUUGUACCUGGAGCAAUGCAUCUCCCUGAACACCCUGGUACCCUAUCGCUGCUUCAAACGCAGGUUCCCUGGCAUCUCAAGGUCCACUUACUACAACUGGCGGCGAAAGGCCCUCCGGAGGAACCCCAGCUUCAAGCCAGCCCCGUCCCUCCCAGCUGCAGGAACUCCCCAACUAGUAUCUGGUGGGGAAGGGGCCCUGCUCCCUUGGAAGGAUGAGGUGGGGGAGGGGACAGGGAAAGCAACAGGCGAGAAGCUCCCCCGACCCCGGGAGCUCGUGCCCCAGAGAAUGCACCUGUCCCGCUGGCAGAGAGACCUGCGCAGGGCCGCCUGCAAGCAGGUGCUGAGUGGGCAUCUGCCCUUCUGUCGCUUUCGCCUGCGCUACCCUAGCCUGUCACCUUCCUUCUUUUGGGUCUGGAAGAGUCUUGCCAGGGACCGGGGUCGGCCUGGAGGCCUGUCCAAAUAUCGGAGGCAGGCCUCUUCCUUGGGCAGAGAGGGGCAGGAAGGGGAGGAGAAACAGAAAGAAGCUGGCAGGAAUGUGACAACUGUAGUGACCCCACCUGUGGGCACCCUGCCAUUGGGGGCUUCUUCAGGAAAGGAUCCAGAGGGGGCCCAGGGAGGGCCUUCCAAAGAGGAGGCCCCUAGAGAGGGAGCCACAGCUCAGAGUGAGCCCCAUGGUGGGUCCCUCUCAAGCCAAUCUGUGGUGUCAGUGGCAGGUGGCAAGGAUGGCCAGGUGCUGGUGAUGGACAUGCUCACUACCACAAAGUUCAAGGCCCAGGCCAAGUUAUUCUUGCAGAAGCGAUUCCAGUCCAAGAGCUUCCCCUCUUACAAGGAGUUCAGUGCCCUUUUCCCCCUCACUGCCCGCUCCACCUACUACAUGUGGAAGCGCGCACUCUACGAGGGCCUCACCCUGAUUGAUGGCUGAUGGCAGUGCAGAGGGGCUGGGGAGGAAGAGGGACCAGUUUGGAGAGGGUCAAGGACCUGAGAUGACCCCUGGCUUGGCCAGGAUGCCUUUGCUCCGGCUCCCACAGUGUCUAUCCUAACUCUAAAAGAGCAUAUUUGCGUUAUUUUCUGGUUUAAGGGCAGAGAACCAGAAAUCAGCCAUCUGGUCCCUUGUAGAAAGCUGUAGGAGCACAGAUGUUCUUUUUUGCUUGUUUGCUGGUCAUAUUUGUAUUGUUGUGUUUUUGUUUGAUUUAAGUGGGUUGGCCAGGCCCCCUUGCCAGCAUUGGAAGCUUUAAAGCUAUAUUUUUGGGGUGUAUAGAGAGGUAGCUAAAGCUGUUUUCAGCUUUUCCUGGGGGCAAGAGGAGUAUGAUAGCAUGGCCAUCUGUCCCCAAUGGGCAGAAUAUAUGCCUUCAGUUUCUUUGGGGGGUGGGACCCUCUUUACUCAAAGAUGUUUUCUAAAAUAAUAUUAGAAUUGAAUCUGGGACAAGCUUCUGCCUCAUAUCCCCAGUGGAGAAGGUGCCAGGCUCAACAUGAGCAGCAGCGGGAACGCACAGGAGGAGUCAUGGAUGACCUCUAAGCCAAGGCCCUGAGGCACUAAGGCCACUGAGGUGCAGCCUGUCCCAAACAGAGUGUGGAAAGGGGUGGGAGGAAGGUCUGAUUCUUCUGCUGGGGAUUCCCAGCCUCUGUCAGCCUGGCUGCUGUUGGGGACCCUGCCUUUCUGCUGAGCCUCCUCUCGGAGCCAACUUCAAUGAGGGUCAGCAAGGGGGCCAGGCAGGUGGAAGACUGAAUUUUUAUUAUU